CUCGACACCGCCAACAGGGAUGCAGCGAGGGCGCAGCGCAGCCUGAAAAUGGCACCACCACGCGUCCUGUGGAUCUAUCCAUCCCUUUUCCUCCUGUCCUCCCUGCUUCUUUUUCACGCACUGUCGCCGUGUCGAGCCUUACGGAAUUACCCGGAGAAUGAAGUUACGUUGCUGGAUUCCAUGUCAGCUUUGGCCGACCUGGGCUGGGAGGCUUACCCUAAUGAGGGGUGGGAGGAGAUCAGUGUGAUGGAUGAGAGAAACACCCCAAUGAGGACCUACCAGGUGUGUAACGUCAUGGAGGCCAACCAGAACAACUGGUUGAGGACACGUCACAUCAGCCGAGAAGGAGCGCAGCGCGUCUACAUUGAGAUCAAGUUCACCCUGAGGGACUGUAACAGCCUGCCCGGGGUCCCUGGUACCUGCAAAGAGACAUUCAACAUGUACUACUAUGAGUCUAACAAUGCCAACCUGUGGUUCAUCAAGGAGAGCCAGUACGUCAAGAUCGAUACCAUUGCAGCAGAUGAGAGUUUUACACAGGUGGACGUUGGCGACCGUGUGAUGAAACUCAACACGGAGGUGCGUGACAUCAGCAACCUGAGUAAAAAGGGUUUCUACCUGGCCUUCCAGGACCUGGGGGCAUGUAUCGCCCUGGUCUCAGUCAGGGUCUUCUAUAAGAAGUGUCCCCUCACUGUGCUCAACUUGGCCCAGUUCCCCGACACGAUAACAGGCGGAGACACAGCGCUGGUAGAGGUCCACGGCAUGUGUGUUAACUCCUCUGAGGAGUUUGAAGCUCCCAAGAUGUACUGCAGUGCAGACGGAGGCUGGCUGGUUCCCAUUGGGAGGUGUGUGUGCAAACCAGGCUUCGAAGAGAACAAGGACGUCUGCCAACCGUGCAGACCUGGUACCUACAAAGCUUCGGCCACAGAUGCCUACUGCACCAAAUGUCCUCCUCACAGCUCGUCCUCGCAGGAGCAAGCCAUCGAGUGUGCUUGUGAGAAAGGUUUCUACCGCGCUGAAACCGACCCACGAUCCAUGGCUUGCACACGUCCUCCAUCUGCUCCAGAGAACCCCAUCUCCACGGUGAACGAGACCUGCGUCACCUUAGAGUGGUCGCCACCCAGAGACACGGGAGGCCGGGGAGACAUCACCUACAGCCUCCACUGCAGGAAGUGUUCUGGUGAUGGCAGGAAGUGCAUGCCAUGCGGUGGCAGCGUCCAUUUUGUUCCCAGACAGUUUGGUCUAUCGUCAGCUACCGUGCUGGUCACCGACCUGCAGCCAGAUUCCAACUACAGCUUCACUGUUGAGAGCCAGAAUGGCGUGUCAGACUUAAGUCCCACACCCAGAGGAACAGUAGUCAUCAAUGUCACUACAUCACAGACAGUGAGCGUGGUGUUGAAGGAGAGGCGGAGCAAGGACAGUGUGACUUUGGCCUGGCAGGGUCCAGAGAGACCCAACGGCGCGAUAGUGGAGUAUGAGGUCAUCUACUAUGAGAAGAAUCAGCGGGAACAGAACUACACAGUCUUGAAGACUCGCUCCAACAUGAUGACAGUGGACGGGCUCAAACCAGGGACCACCUAUGUGUUCAGGGUCAGGGCUCGAACCGACGGGGGCUAUGGGAGUUACGGUGGAGAGAUUGAAUUAGAAACCAGCCACGAAGAUGUUUUUGCUAUCGGGGACCCUAACCAGUCCACCAUUCUGGCUGUGUCCAUCGCUGGGGGAAUAGUUCUCCUCAUCUUCCUGGUGACUUGCUUCGUUGUCAGCGGAAGGCACUGUGGAUAUAUCAAAGCCAAGCAGGACCCUGACGAAGAGAAGAUGCAGUUCCAACAUGGCCGAGUCAAGCUUCCAGGCAGCAGGACUUACAUCCAUCCUCACACCUAUGAAGACCCCAACCAGGCUGUCAGGGACUUCGCGAAAGAGAUAGAUGCUUCUAAUAUUCGCAUUGAGAGAGUCAUUGGAGCUGGAGAGUUUGGGGAGGUGUGCAGUGGUCGGCUGCGUGUUCAGGGAAAGAGGGAGAUCUACGUGGCCAUCAAGAGUCUGAAGGCGGGGUACUCUGACAAACAGAGGAGGGACUUCCUGUCUGAGGCCUCCAUCAUGGGACAGUUCGACCAUCCGAACAUCAUCAGGCUGGAGGGCGUCGUCACAAGAUGUAAGCCAGUGAUGAUCAUAACAGAGUUCAUGGAUGGACGGCUCCAGAGGCCAUCGCCUACAGGAAGUUCACCUCAGCCAGCGACGUGUGGAGUUACGGUAUCGUCAUGUGGGAGGUGAUUUCAUAUGGAGAGAGACCCUACUGGGAGAUGUCCAACCAGGAUGUCAUCAAAGCAAUAGACGAGGGCUACCGUCUUCCCGCUCCAAUGGACUGUCCUGUGGUGCUGCACCAGCUCAUGUUGGACUGCUGGGAGAAGGGACGCAGCGACAGGCCAAAGUUUGGACAGAUUGUCACAAUCCUGGACAAGCUCAUCAGAAACCCAGCCAGCCUCAGAGAGCUGGCCAAUAGCUCAGCAUGCAGGGAGGACCCGUCCACCCCAGAGUUCAGUGUGAACACAGUGGAUGAGUGGUUGGAGGCCAUCAAGAUGGGCCAGUAUAAGGAGAGCUUUUCCAGUGCUGGAUAUGUCAGCUUGGACUCAGUCCUCUACAUCAGUGUCAGUGAGUUGGCUAAGAUGGGUGUGAAUCUGGCUGGCCACCAGAAGAAGAUUUUGUCCAGCGUGCAGAGCCUGCAGACCCAGGGGACGCACGUCCAAGUAUAACAGUUUCCACAUAAACUCACAGUGAGACAGAGCCAAAAUGGAUGCUCCUGUGAAGAGUUUCCCCACUGAAAUGGAGUUGUAAUGGAUACUCUGUGCUCGGGCCUCCAUUGAUUUUGAGACACACUGAGAUGGAGACAACAUGGACGCUUGACUCCUUCACCUUCUCGCAGUUUCACCAUUCUUCCCAUCCUCGAUGGGCACUACCGGCUUUAGCACUCAGAGUCCCAGCAACACAACCACCAUUUUGGAGCAACAGAGAGACACAUGUCCAACAACAAGGCCACAUCUAGAGCAUCUCAGACCAUUUCACAUCAUAUCAGCUCAACAAAAGAAGAAGAAAAGAUUUUUAACAAAUGAAAUGACAAAAAAACAAAAUAAAUUAGAAUAUAAUUAUCAUCACUGUCUGUGAGGUGUACAGUUGGUUUUUACUGUCAUUUUGUUUCUGGUUUAAGUUUUCACGUUGAAGAGUUUAAAAAGGGUCAGAAGAAAUGUAUAUGUGUAGAUAUAUGUUUAUAUGGGCUGUGUGUCCCACAACCGUAGAGAUGGACCUAAUGUUUGUAUUGGUGGUGAGGUUUAUAUCGCUCAACCUUAAUAGGAGUUAUUACCUAGUACACGUAUGGCCCCUUCCAUUGCUUUCUGCAUACAGAAACUGCAUACAGAAAGCCAAUGAAUUAGCUGCGAUUCUAAAAGACAUGAAUGUGUUGGGUGAGGGGAACAGAAAAUCUGGACCUUUAGAGAUAGAGAGGGAUGUAGAUUUUGCUUGCUCAUGUAGGAUGGAAGUGAUGAUUCAUUUAAAUAGUGUAUUUGACCAGGACAAGGGCUUCCCUAGCGACUGAUCUCAGACACACUUCCAUAGCAACUAGACCCAGUGCACGUUUGCUAGUCUGUUUGCACUUAAGAUGUAACUGAAUGCAAAGAAACAGCAGAAACUGCUUAAAGUGCAGUUAGCACACAGAGACAUUUUUACUCUUCCAUAAAUGACUGUCUAUUCCAAACAACAUCAUCUAUUCAGCUGUUACAGUAUGAUGUUGUUGGGAAUAUUUUAGCCUAAGAGUCUGCCUUCCUAUGUUUCAGGUGUGUUAAGAAAGUUAUAGUGUUUUGUGUAGAGUAAAGGUGAUGCCAAGGUCAUGAUAGAGUUGACACUGUUAAGAACGUGUAACUUGUUUUUUCAGUGUUGUGCCAUGUACAGUAACCUUGAAAUGUUCAUCUGGGUAACAUAACGCCAUUAUUACCAUACUCUUUCCUUCAAUCAGUUCCCAUGGCUGGAUGGUAAAACAAGGCCACGAUAAUUGUAGUGUUCUGUCCAAAUAGUCUGCUCGAUGAAAAGGAGCAUCAGAAAGGACCCUUUUUUUUUAAACAAGAUGAAAUAAACGCAGUGUUGAUUUUGCAGCUUUGCCACCACGAUAGGGUAAAUUUCACUUUGAAAAAAACUGUGUGUCUUGAACUGUCCCACUUUGUUGUUAUCAGUCAUGCCAACCUAUUUCAAGCACUCCUAGUUUCAAACCAGUACCCAUAAGGUAAAUUCUGAAAACAGUGUUUACAGCAAAUACAUUGGUUUGGUGGUUUUUCCUUAUCAGAAGGAAACUGCUGCUUAUCACAUUAAAAGGUUAAAUAUGAUGGGACCCUCUUUGUGUGCACUGCAUUAAUAGCACUGAACCUGCUUUAGUGUAUUCCCAAACUCAGUUUUAAUAUAUGUGGUACUCUAUAGGACCAACAGUGGCAAAAAGUACAGUAUAUAUGAUUGUAUCAUAGUGUAAAAUAUGUACAGUGUUGAUUUCCAAUGUUAGAAUGUUUGUAAUGAUAACAAUGAUGAUGACUAUGAUGUACUUUUAUUGUGAAAAAGAGAUUUCUGAAGUACUCGUUCAGGGGCGGGUCAUACGGGAGAAAAAGUGAAGGGAGGUGAUUCAUUGGUCUGAACAAAGGAAUGUAGCAUGGUGCAAAGCUUCAGCUUUGAUUGACAGGUGACAGUGACUGCAGUUUCUAUCAUAGUGUUAGAAUGAGUAGAAUGGACUUCUUUCAUUGAUACACUGGCUUAAUUUGAGUAAUUAGUAACAGUAAUUACAUGCACUUUUUAAGCCUGUGUCCGCCUACAACACAACUUGUAAAAAAGGCUCGUUUGGAAGAGAAAGGGAUGGAAGCACGAAGGUUGAGAUAAGUCCUCUGAUCACAAACUGAACAUUAGUUAAACCACUCCCCCAAGCUGAAAUUGUCCAAUCAUAGCUUAGCAACAUAACUAGACACAGACCUGUCAAGCUUUGCAUUUUUCCACAUGCUGAAGCGAUUUGCAUGUAGUAAGAUCAUACCGUGGCAUUCAAAGAUGGUGGCUUUUUUCAGCUUUUCCAAAACACAAAAUACAACAGCAAAAGUGUAAAGGAUUGAUUAAACAAUGUGUUUGUCUGUUCUAAUGUAAGCUGCAAUUAUUACCAUGUCUGGCUACUUAGCUAACCACCUACAGUAUAACCAAGCAUUACUUCCAAGGUUGAACUAGCUUACAUAUGUUUGUGGGGUUACAGGUUAUGAAAAUAAAAGCCCUGUUCACAACUUGAAUCAGAUGUUGCCAUCAGUGUUUAGGGUAACUUGAGCAGCUUUGUCCUGCUCCUUAUUGGAUUUGGGAAAGUUUACAUCCCAAAAACUGUAGUCAGCGUUACCCGAGAUAGUGUCACAUCUGUCAAACACAGUGGUUAAUCCUCACCCUUAAAGCCUUUUCUGAUACUAACUUUUUGCCUGGGACAUUCAGUUGAGUCUUUCAGCACUAUAUCAUGUAGCCAUCGCAUGCAUAUUUAAGACACUUUUUACAGGGUUUUCCUUUUAAAACAAGUGAGUUCGAAAUAUUAAAAAGUCAGUCAGAAACAGCAUUUUAACCAUCUCACUGACUAACUGAGUUAGCUAGUUACAGCUAAUAAAAUAGGGCAGUGACAGUUGUCCUUAUACCUGGAAAACUGAUGUUCGGUGGCUAGAAAUAAAAAGUCUGAAAUCAAGGACCCAAUCCUUUAAAAUAAUUUUGAUGGUAAAUCUACCAUGAUUAUUGUAAAUUAUAUAAUAUGCCUAGCUUGACUGGCAUAGCAACAAGUAACUAAGGGGGCGGGGCUUAGUCCACAGAAAAUUUCAGCCACUAAGGCUUACUUGUGUUUUUUGGUCAAAUAAUGGCACGAAAAAUAUGUUUAAAUACAGAAGGCAUACAAAUAAAUGUUAACAGCUAAAAAAAAAAAAAUCCAGAAAUUAAAUACUGUUUGCCAAACCACUGAUGCCACACUCAAAAACACAACACACAGAGUCUGAGACAGUUAGUACAUUCUACUCUUGCUAACUCUAUGAUUUCACUCUAGCGGACUACCCUUGACCGCUGGCCUUUUAGAUGCCUUAUUUACUGAGCUAUUGUUCAUUUCUGUUGCCCUAUAGAGGCGAUAUUAAGAGUGAAGUGUAUGUACAGGUAGUAUUUAUCUGUGUUCUUAAGAUGACCUCACAUCAAUACCCUGGUUUUGUAACAUCCCAGAGACCCCCCUCCAACAGCACAUUCACUUUGAUUCCUUCUAAACCUGAAAAUAAUACAUAAAUAAAAAGCGGAUGACCUGUAUAAGCUGAUAAAGAAAUUGACAGAAUGGUUCUUAUUUGUUUAAGUCAUAUAAGAUAUUCAAUGAUAAAAAAUAAAUGCAGAUUAUGGAUGUGGUUUGAUUACAAUUUGAAAGACUUUAUUUGGCUGCAAAAUGCGCAAAAUUCCUUAUGCUACACAAGAUUAGAAAAAGACCCAAAAACAAUGGUGCAUUGCAACAACAGCAAGCAAGUGUAUUUUCCACUCCAAGUAUACAGCAGUCAUGCCUACACUUGGUUUCAACUCUCAAGAUCCCAGGUUUGUGUCACUAUUCACCCUAUCAAGGUUAGCUAUAUGGGUUGGUUUGCUUGAUCUCAAAUACAGUGUUUGUCCUCCAUGCCCCACCAGGUCUGUAUUGUAAAUGUUCAUGAGUGAUUCUCAUUUCAGACUCUCAGCUCUCUGUCUCUUUCUCUCCUCCUCUCUCUCUCUCUCUUUCUUUGGCCACCGUACAAUGCUUAUUUGUCCCCAUGCCAGUUUCCUCUGCGUUGCUUCUUGUAAAAGGGUGUAGGCAUUCUAAUGUCUUUCAUGUUGCUGUAAUAAAUAUGCUAA